CAUAUUGCUUACAGGAGCAAAUUCUGGGAAGCUAGAGGAGAGAACGGAUUUAAAAUUCAUUCUCAUCUUCACGACUCGAUACACUCAAACGACAUAGGACACAAUGGAGCCGUCAGCCAGUCCGGCCAAAGAUAACUACAGGAUGAACCGCUACAAGAACAAAGCACUGAACCCGGAGGAGAUGAGGCGCAGGAGAGAGGAGGAGGGCAUCCAACUCAGGAAACAGAAACGAGAACAACAGCUUUUCAAGAGGAGGAACGUGGAUGUUCUCAAUGAAGAGGAAGCGAUGUUCGAGAGUCCACUGGUUGACUCUUACCUCAGCUCUCCAGUUACAGAAGGAGUCAUUACCAGAGACAUGGUUGAGAUGCUUUUCUCGGAGGACCCAGAGCUUCAGCUCGCCACAACACAAAAGUUCAGAAAACUACUUUCCAAAGAGCCCAAUCCACCCAUUGAUGAAGUUAUAAACACGCCCGGAGUGGUGGAGAGGUUUGUGGAGUUCUUGAAGAAGAGCGUCAACUGCACACUACAGUUUGAAGCAGCAUGGGCACUGACCAACAUAGCAUCGGGCACAUCCAUGCAGACAAAGACAGUGAUUGAGGCUGGAGCAGUGCCAAUCUUCAUUGAACUACUUAACUCAGACUUUGAGGACGUCCAAGAACAGGCUGUGUGGGCCUUGGGUAAUAUUGCAGGGGAUAGUGCAGUGUGCAGGGACUAUGUGCUGAACUGCAACAUCCUUCCACCAUUAUUAAUGCUUCUGACCAAAUCCACAAGAUUGACCAUGACAAGGAAUGCAGUGUGGGCUCUGUCUAAUCUCUGUAGAGGAAAAAACCCUCCACCUGCUUUUGAAAAGGUGUCACCCUGUCUGCCAGUGCUGUCCAGGCUUUUAUUUAGCAGUGACCCAGACUUGCUGGCAGACGCCUGCUGGGCCCUGUCCUACCUCUCAGAUGGCCCCAACGACAAGAUCCAGGCUGUCAUCGACUCCGGCGUCUGCAGGCGCCUUGUGGAGCUCCUAAUGCACACAGACUAUAAGGUGGCCUCCCCUGCACUGAGAGCUGUAGGAAACAUUGUCACUGGAGAUGACAUUCAAACACAGGUGGUGUUAAACUGCUCAGCCCUGCCCUGUCUGCUGCACCUUCUUAGCAGUGCUAAAGAGUCCAUUCGCAAAGAGGCUUGCUGGACCAUCUCAAACAUCACAGCAGGAAACCGAGCACAAAUACAGACUGUAAUAGAUGCCAACAUCUUCCCAGUACUGAUCGACAUACUACAGAAAGCAGAGUUCAGGACCAGGAAAGAGGCGGCGUGGGCCAUCACUAAUGCCACUUCUGGAGGAACACCAGAGCAGAUCAGAUAUCUGGUGAACCUGGGCUGCAUCAAGCCCCUGUGUGAUCUGCUGACAGUGAUGGACUCUAAGAUCGUUCAGGUUGCUCUCAAUGGGCUGGAGAACAUCCUGAGGCUGGGUGAACAGGAGGCCAAGCAGGAGAACAAUGGCACUGGAGUCAAUCCUUACUGCAGCCUCAUUGAAGAGGCCUAUGGUCUUGACAAGAUCGAGUUCCUCCAGAGCCACGACAACCAGGAGAUUUACCAGAAGGCCUUUGACCUAAUUGAGCACUACUUUGGAGUGGAGGAUGAGGACAACAGUCUAGCUCCUCAGGUGGACCAGGCCAACCAGCAGUACCUUUUCCCCCAGCAGGAGGCCCCCAUGGAGGGCUUCCAGCUAUAAGCCUGUGCCCCUCUCCUCUAAAAUACAUCAUCAACUCUCUUCAUCCCUCCUCAUCUCAUGGAGGACCCCUAGAUGCCUGAGUCAAACCUCCAUGCCCUCUACCCCCCCCUUUGCCACUAUCCCCGCCUCCCACCUUUACCAGUACCACAAACAGACACACCCACUUUUUGGAGAAAAGCUAAAACUGUCCUGCUCUCCGGCCUAAAAAAAUGCCCGCCUUUCUUCAUUCUCCUCAAUAAGUGGACUGGCUUCUCACAGGGCAGCGUGGACAAGAGGAGAGCACAACACAAACUCCAUUACUUAGAAGAGUAAGUGAUCACCUCAUAGCCCAAAGUGUGAGUCUGCUCUGGCUUCAAACGCACACACAGACAUCUUCCUGCCAUCUCAAAGCUCUCAUUGGCAGAAAUGAUGGUUUGUUGGUGAAUAUCUUUGUAUCCACUUACAUUUUUUUCCAAUGGGACAUUCCUAUUAUUAUCAGUCCCCAUUCAUCCCCAUGGAAAGUCCCCAGACUGGGGGGCGAGACGUGAAAAAUGUCUCGAAGUCUUACGGGGGGGGGG